UCCGCACACUGCAAUCACAAUGACAUUACUUUGCAGUCACUUUGCUCUUGUAGACGCUGGCGUUUGAUCACCAGGUAAAAUUGCCAAGCGUUUUUAGCUUCUUCACUUUUUUUAAUUUCGCGUGUGCGCUUGCGGUAUAUUGUAUUAUAUGACGAUUAUUUCUGUACCACAUAUUGACGUGUGCGAGUUAGUGUUUAAGAUGGUGGUGUUCUUGCACGUGCUCGAUCGUAAACGGUGAACUUUGAAAGUGAAAAAUGGUCAUUAACGUGAACAGUUCCGAUAUGUGCUCAGUGAACAUUGUAACAUCGCGCAAAUCGGAAAGGACCCAUCACAACCCCCUGGAAGUAAAACACAUAAUGCAGUACGAUGCAAUCGAAAUGGAUUCUUUGGAGAACUCAAAUGACACAAACUUGGAGAUAACCAAGCAAACGAAAACCAAAGCACGCGAAAGCAAAACAGAAUUGAAGAGGCUAAAUUUAAACGGUUUAUGCAAAAAUCGCCAAGAUAACAAUUAUUACACGGAAGAACUGGUGCUACCCGAACAUUCGCUACAUUCUCUUGUGGAUUUACAAGUCUUAACUUUGAGAUCUAACGCUCUACAUGUUUUUCCUAGCUGUAUUUUACAACUAUCCUCCUUAAUUUGCUUAGAUUUGGCAAAUAAUAAUCUGCUAACCAUUCCGACGGAAAUUAACCAGCUGAACAAUUUGCAAGAGCUUGUUUUGGAUCAGAAUGUUUUGAGUGUGUUACCGGCGACGCUAUGGGAUCUAAAAUUUUUUAAAAUACUAAGGAUUGCGUACAAUCGGCUUGCUUUACCGCCAGAUAAAUUUGCAGAUAUGCGAGCGUUCGUUCUUUCGGACUGCGAAAAGACCACGGAAAAUGUGUCUAAAACAAACGUGCUGACGACGUUGAAUUUGAGAGCAAACCGACUGAAGGGGAAUAUCAUUUUGGGAAAUUAUGGGAAUCUGACAGAGUUGGACGUUAGCGAGAAUCACAUUGAGAUUUUGGAUUUGAGCGCAGUCGAGCAAUUGCAAGUGCUGCUCUGUUCCAAAAACAUUAUCACUGUGUUGACACUACACGGAAGAGCCCUAUCAACACUAAUAGCGGGAAAUAAUUUAUUGAAGAACUUUGCGGUCAUUGCAACACCCACAAAUUUAAAGCACAUAGAUGUGUCAUAUAACAAUCUGGAUGGCCUCCCCGAGUGGCUUGGAAGUUGUCAAGAGCUGCGCUCGUUAUUUGCGAGUAACAAUUACAUAAAAACCCUACCGGACCAUCUAUUUUGCAAUGAAAUGCCUUACCUGCACACGUUACAGUUGGCUUAUAAUCAGUUGCAUAAUCUUCCUACAAUACACAAAAAACUACCCAUACAAGAGUUGUUUCUACAAAACAACAGUAUAUCAACGCUUCCGGAAAAUUUCUUCAGAUGCGUCCAAAGUAUAAAGGUACUGAAUAUAUCAAACAACCGCCUUUGCAAAUUGCCCAAACCACAGAGUAAUUUAAGCUUAGAAAAACUGUUUAUAACUGCCAAUUGCCUGUCGGAUGGUUCGCUUGCGGAAGUGUCUCCAUACCUGGUGAACUUAAAAAUCCUACACGCGGCUUAUAAUAAUUUUACUUUUCUACCCGAAAAUUGUGGAUUAGAAUGGACGGAAAUUGAGGAACUGGUGCUAUCGGGAAACAAACUGAUAAGACUGCCUGACAGUGUGGGUUACCUAAAGCACCUAUCAGUGCUUCGAGUCCAUUCAAACUUGCUCCAAUCAUGCCCCACGUUAUCACAUUUGGGAUCACUACGCGUUCUCGACUUCGCCCACAAUCAUUUGGAUAAAAUCAACCUAUCAUCGCUCAUCCCUCCAAAUCUCAAGUUUCUAGACCUCUCUUGCAACUCAAAGCUUCACGUGGACUCGCAGCAGUUCCACACGUACAGAACGCAAAGGCCGAUGAGCUUAGUUGAUGUAUCCGGGAAGAACAGGACGAGUCUACCUUUAACCCCCUCGCCGUUCUGCGAAAACGACCUCACCGAAUCGGCAUGGGCGGUCGGGUUUUCGGAAACGUCAGGCUGCAAGCGACGACUGUACAUUUCCCAAAUCCGCUUGCCGGCGUUUUGCAACACGGAAGCGCUCUUCGGGAUGUUUGACGGCGAAAAUAACAGCGACGUCCCGAUUGCAAUUGAUAAAAUAGUUCCACGCAUCCUCUUGGAAGAACGAACCGUAAAAGAAACGGCAAACGACUACAUGAAGUACACCAUGUUAUCCACCCACAAAGAACUGAAAGACAAAGGGCAGAAGCACGGAAUGAACGCAGUCAUUGUGCAUAUUUUAAAAUCAAAGUCAUCGGUGGACUUCUCGUUUUGUGGUGGCGUGAAGAGGUACGUCAUGAAGAUUGCGAGCGUCGGCGAUAUGAAGAUUGUGCUGGGUCGAACCGUUGGCCCAUUGCGAUUGUUGCCAAUUAAACAGCGUAAACACAUACGCACUAACCCACAACUUAAUUACGUAAUACCCGAUCCUGAUAUAAUAGAAUUUCAGUUAGAAGAUAAGGACGAGUACAUGAUAAUUGCGAAUAAGAACUUAUGGGAGGUAAUGAGCCCAGAAAAUGCAAUUAGAGAAGUUAGUCUGCAGAGAAACAUUAUUUUAGCGGCGAAGCGUCUGCAAGAUUUAGCACAAAGUUACGGCGCGGAAGAAAAUUUAAGUAUCAUAGUUGUACGGUUUAACCUAAUUAGCUCUGAUGUCGAUCUGCUUAUGAGGGAACUAAGACAGACGAUUAGAAGAAAUAAGUACCAAAGCGAAAGUGGGCUUUCGAACGCGAGUACCUGCCAACCAGGCUGUUGCUGCGAAGCACUCAAUAAUGCGUGCAACAGCUGCAUAGACAAAAUUCCGAUUCCACCACCAAUGAUGAACCAUGAUGAUCGAUCUUCUCCGAGUGGGCAAAGUGAUCAAGCGUGUAGUGACUGCAAUUCUUCCGCUAAAAUCUUUAUUAAUCAGCUAAACAAGCAAAGCGACAAUCGUUCACUGCGCAGUUUUGCGUCAUCCCACUUCGAAGCGGCGGACGUUAAGGCAUCGCCGGAAAGACGAAGCUACCGAGGCGUCGCAAAGGCGGUUCGUGCACGCAAAGAAGAAGAAAAAGCUCGGGAAGAUUCCGAUUCUGCUCUAUCCGAAGAACAAUUUAAGUGCUGGGAGUACAUGCUCGAACAAAACACGCAGUUGCUCUUCGAUAAGGAGCUCAACACCUUAAACAAGAACAAAAGACCACAGUUCUCUGUAAAGAACCCAACAUUGUCGAGGAGCAACCCCCAGAUAGUUACCGAUAAUAACACGCAAGCAUCAUUCUUAUCCCGUCAGUUUGGCAGUUCCAGAUCAUUCAAUCCGUUGGUAUCGAGACCACCCUCUCGCCACCUGGGCGACAAAAAGCAAAUGCUCGGAGGUCCUCACGCUGCUUACUUUGGCAGUUUGCAGAGGUUAAUGCCCUACAAUCUCGAGUACGAUUUUGCUGUGAUGCAAGAGAGGGGGUUGGCGGAUUCGUUAGAUUUGGAUAGGAUGCAGCAGUAUUGGGGUGUAACCACAACCGAAUUGUAAAUUUAUGUAUUUAUAACUGUAAUAUUGUGAUUAAUUAGUACGGUAGGAAACUUGAAGAUGAUGUAAAAUAUUAUUUAUUUCACCUGUAAAGAACAAAAUUGCUAAUAGUUGUAAAAUACAAACAAUUGUUUAUUUUU